AUUUUAAACAGCGCAGUGCGAAGUGCGAACUGCGAACUGAGAGGGUGAGGGGUAGAGAGUGACGCCGCGUCCCAAAUGGCGAUCGCGACCCAAAACCCUCGCCGGAUCUCGAUUCCAAACCCUUCCUUCUUCUCCCUCAUCAUUUCUAUAGCCCUAACGAUUUGCGCCUUUCUGUUUUUCCCGUACUCCACCGCCGGCGGUGGAGCGACCACCUUCUCCGCCUCGCUCGAUCACUACUUCCUUGGUGUUCCCGUUCCCCGAAGAAACCUUCUUUCCUUCAAAUCCGAUCCCAUCCGCCUCCGUAUCGACCAGAUCCGUAAACAGGCCACUGACCACGCUGCACUUGCCUCCGCCUACGCCUCUUACGCCCGCAAACUCAAGCUCGAGAACUCCAAGCAGCUCCGUCUCUUCGCAGACGUCUCCCGCAACUUGUCCCUCCUUCUUUCAGACCACCGUCACCUUCUCGACCCCUCCAACCCCAUCGACGAGUCCGCAAUCCGACGCCUGGACCGUAAGGUCAAGGAUCGCAUCCGCGCUGCUCGAAGCCUAAUCACCGACGCCAAGGAAUCCUUUGACAACCAGCUUAAGAUCCAGAAGCUCAAGGACACGAUAUUCGCCGUCAACGAACAGCUCGCCAAGGCCAAGAAGCAGGGCGCCUUCUCCAGCAUGAUAGCGGCCAAAUCCAUCCCCAAGAGCCUCCAUUGCCUCGCGAUGCGACUCAUGGAGGAGCAAAUCGCACAUCCCGACCGCUACGCCGAACCCGAUACGCCGCCCCCAGCGCUUGAAGACCCUCGACUUUAUCAUUAUGCUAUCUUCUCCGAUAACGUUCUUGCUGCUUCCGUGGUUGUCAAUUCCGCCGUGAAGAACGCCAAGGACCCAAUGAAGCACGUCUUCCACGUCGUCACCGACCGGAUGAACCUUGGCGCUAUGCAGGUCAUGUUCAGGCUCAAGGACUACGGUGGCGCCCAUGUUGAAGUUCGCGCCGUUGAGGACUAUAAGUUCCUCAACUCCUCCUAUGUACCCGUCCUACGGCAGCUUGAAUCAGCAAACUUGCAGAGAUUUUACUUUGAGAACAAGCUGGAGAAUGCCACUAAGGAUACAAACAAUAUGAAGUUUAGGAAUCCGAAGUACUUGUCUAUGCUUAAUCAUCUCAGGUUUUAUCUGCCAGAGAUGUACCCGAAGUUGCAUAGGGUUCUGUUUUUGGAUGAUGAUGUGGUGGUGCAGAGAGAUCUCACUGCUUUGUGGAAGCUUGAUAUGGAUGGGAAGGUGAAUGGAGCAGUGGAGACUUGCUUUGGGUCGUUCCAUCGUUAUGCACAGUAUAUGAAUUUCUCUCAUCCGCUGAUCAAGGAAAGAUUUAACCCAAAUGCAUGUGGAUGGGCUUAUGGGAUGAAUUUCUUCGACUUGGAUGCAUGGAGGAAAGAGAAGUGCACUGAGCAGUACCAUUACUGGCAAAAUCUUAAUGAAAAUCGAACCUUGUGGAAAUUGGGGACUUUGCCGCCAGGCUUAAUCACAUUUUACUCGACAACAAAGCCACUUGACAAAUCUUGGCAUGUUCUAGGACUUGGUUACAAUCCCAGUAUAAGCAUGAAUGAGAUCAGAAAUGCUGCAGUCGUUCAUUUCAAUGGAAACAUGAAGCCAUGGCUUGAUAUUGGUAUGAACCAGUUUAGGCCGCUCUGGGCAAGGUAUGUAGACUAUGACAAUGACUUCAUUAGCCUGUGCAAUUUUGGAGCAUAGAGCAGAAUGUUCAUGGCCAAUGUUGCAAAUUCUUACUGUGUAGAGAAAAGCAAAAAUUGUAUGGAGGUUGAAUGGUUGGGUAAUUUGCAAAAAGUUAGAUGUGUUUUUGCAUAAUUGCCAGUUAAAAAAUGAUUAUAUGUAGAAGCUUGACCUGCUAUUAAGAAGGGGCCAUAAAAAUUUUGUACAUGGUUGUGAACAAUCAUUCUUUUAAGGUGCAAAUGUUUGUGUGCAAUUAUGUAUGUACUACGCAGCUUAUCUGGAUC